AUGAGGGAAAAGGCGGAGGCGCACAAACGGCCCAUUGAAUUCGAAGAUGAUGAAACGAAAAAAAAAAUCCGGACAGAAGAUGACCAAUCGGUUAAGGACGCAAAAAUCAGCGAAAAGUUAUUACACCCCCUACAUCUGGAAUACCGAACAGGUAGAAAUAAAAACUUAAAAAAUGACGCAGAUUAUGUUGAAUUGCUGAAGAAGGAUGCUCGAAGAAAGUACCUCAAAGAAAGAGAGAGGGAAAAGCUAGAUGUAACGAAGAAACUACUGGAUGAUGAACUCCUAUAUAGUACAAUUAAAUUGGAGGGGAAGGAACUUAAAGAAUUGGAACUGUCCAAGAGGAUCUAUGAUAUAGCUAAAGAGAAUAUAAAGUUAAGGGAAAAGCUAAAAGAAAAUUAUUACCUCUUCCAGGAAGAUUUGGACAAAAUUGAUGCAGCGAAGAAGGGCGCCGAUGCUGAUACGACGCAAGUUAGAGAGGGGAAGGGAGAUCCUUCCGUCUACAACUAUGAUGAACAGGUAAUUAGCAAAGGGAUUUUAAAAUUCGGUUCGGGGGUGGGGAUAAGUGAAGGCCUUAAAAAUGACUUUGUGUUUGAGGACGACUUGGCAAAUCGGAAGAGCGUAAAAAGGGAGAAAUAUGCGGAGAAAUCUGAAGAGAAGUCUGAGGAGAAGUCUGAGGAGAAAUAUGAGGAGAAAGCCAAGUACGAAAGGGAUAAGGAACGAAAAAAAAAAAAAUGUAAAAAAAAAAAAAAAAAAAGCGACAGCGGUAGUGCUGUUGGUAGUGGCAACGGCAGCGGCAGUGGGCGAAGGCAUAGAGGGGAGAAGAGACGCAUCGACAAAAGCUCCCUUUCCAGUGCAAGAGCCCGCCCAGAAAGGGGCAUCCCCAAGGGUCAUAGCCACCACCGAGCGAGCGAUGACCGUGAAGGGGAUGAAGGCUGCGGAGGGAGAAGCGAAACUCGGGAGAAGUCGAGCAGGGGGAAAAAGAAGAAAAAGGGAAGCGAACAUCAUCGGGGUGGAGAUAGCGACGAUGGUGAUGAUGGUGCCGAUGGUGACGACCGCCAUGACCGCCGUGAUCGCAAGCGGAACGGAAACGGCCUGACGGACGUGGUCGAAUUCGUGCACCUGGACAGCCUCUACGGAAUGGAAGAAAAGGAAAAGGAAUUGCAAAGACUGUUCGAAGACAUUAAAAGGAAGAAAGAGAAAAAAAUGAAGAAAAUAAUCGAUGACAGGAAGAGGCUACCCAUAUAUAGUUAUCGAUAUGACAUUUUAAAGGCCAUCAAAAAUAAUAAAAUUUUAAUUCUAGUUGGAGAAACAGGAAGCGGAAAGAGCACACAGUUAACGCAGUAUCUGCACGAGUGUAAAUACCAUCUGUAUGGAAACAUAGUCUGUACGCAGCCCAGAAGAAUCGCAUGUAUAGCCAUAGCAAAUAGGGUGGCCGAUGAGAUGAAUGUAAAAGUGGGAAAGGAAGUUGGCUACGUUAUUCGAUUUCAAAAUAAAACGAGUGAGUCAACAAAGAUAGUCUACAUGACGGAUGGCAUGUUCCUACGUCUUUUAUUGUACAACCCAACGCUAGAUGACAUUUCGGUGUUAAUAAUUGAUGAAGCUCACGAACGGGCAUUACACACCGAUGUGAUGCUCCCCAUAAUAAAGGACAUCUGCAACUUUAGGGACGACAUACGGAUUAUCAUAUCGUCGGCAACUCUAGACGCUGAGAAGAUUUCCACCUACUUUAACUGCGCCCCCAUAUUUUAUGUGCCGGGUAGAAAAUACAACGUUGAUAUUUACUACACGAUAAAUAAUGAGAGUAAUUAUUUGUCCGCUAUUGUGAUUACCAUUUUGCAGAUCCACGUUACGCAGGAGAAGGGAGACAUUUUGGUCUUUCUUCCCGGUCAGUUUGAAAUCGAGCUGGUGCAGCAGGAGCUGGAAAAUAAGCUCAUCGAACUAGCCCCAAGGUUUCGCAACAUGGUCAUUUUGCCUAUUUAUUCCUCCCUGCCCGUGGAGCAGCAGGCGCGGAUAUUCGAGGAUGUGGCGGAGGAGGACCACGGGAAGGGGGAUGGCCCGGAGAGCGGCAACGGUGGGGAAGCACAACAGGGGGAAGCCCCUUCUACCAACGCGAACCUCCAAACAGGUGAGCUCGCACCAGCCGGUGAGCCGAAGGUAACCAGGCGGAGAGGCACCAGAAAAAUUAUCCUAUCAACAAACAUUUGCGAGACGAGUAUCACCAUAGAGAACAUAGUGUACGUGAUUGAUUCAGGUCUGUGUAAGCAGAAAGUGUACAAUCCCAACUCGGGGAUUGAAUCCCUAGUAACUUUACCAUGCUCCAAAGCAUCUGUGAAUCAAAGGACAGGUAGAGCAGGUAGAAAACAAGAUGGAAAAUGUUUUCGCCUCUUCACGAAGAAGUCCUUCAUCGAUCUGAAUGACAACUCCGUUCCAGAAAUUCAACGAUGCGAAGUCAGCAGUAUGAUUUUAUUACUAAAAAGUCUCGGCAUGGAUGAUAUUAUAAAUUUCGAUUUUUUAGACCCUCCUUCCCCGGUCGUGAUAAUAAAAGGACUAGAACUUCUCUACUCCUUGGGUGCACUAAAUGAUGAGGGGAACUUAACCAAAACGGGGAGGAAGAUGGCUGAAUUCCCUACAGAUGUCAAGUCAAGUAAAAUGAUUCUGUCAGCAUCGGAGAAGUAUAAUUGUGUAGACGAGAUUUUAUGCAUCACAGCUAUGCUAACACAUGCAAAUAACAUUUUCUACGUUCAAAAAGGAAAGGAAAAAGAGGCGGAAAAUGUCAAGAAAAUGUUUACCAUAGAAGGAGGUGGAGAUUUUCUCCUCCUCCUAAAUAUAUAUAAACAGUGCGAAGAGAACAACUUUUCCACGUCAUUCUGCUACGACCACUUUUUGCAAUACCAUACAUUGCUAAAAAUUAAGGACAUCAAAACGCAGCUGGUGAGCAUCUGCGAGAAAAUCGAUUUGCCCAUUAGCUCUUGUGGUAUUCAGAAUCACGACGCUAUAUGUAGCCUGAAGAAGUGCAUUGUCAGUGCCUUCUUCACCAAUGCUGCCUUGCCCGUUAAUAAAAAUGAACUUAAAAUAAUAAAACUUAAUCAGGUCGUUAGCAUAUACCCCAACUCGGUGCUUGCGAAGAAAAAUAUCAUGGAGGAACACAAAAAUGCCUGCAUCAUUUUUUACGAAGUUAUUAAGAUAAAUAAGUCCUACAUACGCCACAACAUCCCUGUUAGUAAGGACAUGCUGUACGAGAUCGCGUCAUUCUACUUCCUCAGCAAGAUUACCUAA